GUGAAGGGUUCCUUUAGUUCCCUUUUAAAGUCACUGAUGAUCACAGAGAUAAAAUGCCUGAACCUGAAGUUUUGUACUCUGAUGUCAAGUUUAAAAGAGGGAAGGGAAACAAUGAUGGGAGUGUUUCCUCGCCGCAUGAAACUACUUACUCUGAAGUCAGAAUCUUGAAGAAGCAGCCGUCCACAGAGUUUCCUGGUUCCCAACAACAAUCUGAGUCAGUUCCACAAUCUAAAGUCACACCAGAGAGAGCGGCUGUGUUUGUUCUAAGUGUUCUCCUGGCAGCUUCUCUCAUCGCCCUUGCACUGACCUUGUAUAAAAACAACCAAACCAUCGAACCUGGACAAAAGUUCACGGAUGAGCGUGCUAUGGAAAAAAAUCUCACAGAACGUCUGCAAAAGGUGAUGGAUGAGCGUGACACUUUGAUAAAAAAUCUCACAGCGAAAUACUCUGGAGUAAAACCAUGCAAACCGGAGUCACCAAAGUGUCCUGAAGUUAACAAGGACUCAUGUACAAAAUGUCCAGAAGGGUGGGAGCAUCAUGGAGGAAAAUGCUAUUAUUUCUCCACCGGUAAAUCAACCUGGACAGAGAGCAGAGAAGAAUGCAGACGUAAAGGAGGAGAUCUGGUUAAGAUAGAGAGCAGAGAGGAGCAGACAUUCCUGGAGUACGAACUGAGAGGUAAAAUGACUGAAGCUGAGGACAAGUUCUGGAUCGGACUGACGGACUCAGAGACAGAGGGCAAAUGGCUGUGGACAGACAGAUCAGAACUGGACAGCAGCUUGUCUUUUUGGUUCAAAGGAGAGCCAGACAACUAUAAAAAGGUCAAUCCUGACGGAGAGAAUUGUGCGAGGAUGGGGGAGAAAGGUGGAGCCCCAGACCUGAAGUGUUGGUUUGAUGCACCAUGUAAAGUGCCUCACAAAAGUAUCUGUGAGAAACCAGGAGAACCUGGACAGUUAAAGUGCAUCUGAAAAACAGUUCAGCUUGAGUCUCACUUUGUCUGUUUAAAUCUCAUGAUGAAAUGAAUGUGUGUUGUCUCUGUGUCUCUGUGUGAGACCUGUUAACUUAGUUCACUAGUUUUUGUUUAGUGCUAGUGACGUGCUCUAUUUCAACAUCGACUAAACCGUGAUGGUCAUGUUUUAUUGUGCGAGUGUCGAGUCAAUUCUGUCCUUUUCUUUAAUGUCAUGGUUUGGUAAGUGUGUUCCAGCAGAGUUAUUGGUGAGCCCCAGCUAAACCUGGAGACCCUGUACCUCAGGCAGCAGUUGUCCAGCUCUAUAUUGAAUGAUGAAAGGUUAGUAGUCCCAAAGAGUAGAACAAAGCGGUAUAAAAACAGAUUUAUUCCGGCAGCCAUUCCACAAAGGAUAAAGUCGUGUCUCACAGAUGAGAUUUAUUUAUUGACGUUGAAUGACCUUGUUUGUAGUAGUGUUUUUUGAGUGUUUUUGGAUGUGACGGAGCAGGGUGUACUUUUAUUAGAGAUGUGUCUGUUGUCCGUGUUGUUUUUAGAAUGUGUGUCAGGAUGGAUCCCAUGUCUUUUUAUCUGCAAACUAAAUCGGGUAAAUAUAAAUAACCUGAAGCAGAUAUUUUCUAUAGCACAUUGAUAUAAAGAUUGUGUCAGAUUGACCUUUUACUUUACACCUUCAUAGUUAUCUUUUAUUAGGAUGGGAUUAGCGGGGUGGACCCAACGGAAUAACCUUGCAUAAAUUUAUUAGGGUGUAAUUCUUUCAGACCAGGGCAGGGCUGAAAACAAGGAUCUGACAGCUAGAAACAGAAAACCAGGGCUGCAGUCGAAUAGUCAGUUUAGUUUAGGAAGGUUCCUAACGUAGUGAAAUUACCCGGAAGUACCUUAGUGACCGCUGAGCUGUUCAAAUUCAUAUAUGAUGGGAAAGUAGCUUUGAAACUUCCUUUAUAACCUCCUUCAGUUUAGGGAACACUGGACCUUCCUUUGCGAAAGUAAAGGAGAACAUGCUGUCCCACAAUGCCUUACGGCCGUUACUUUUACCUUGACACAACAUUCGGCCGUUCACGGAAACAACCGAUCGUCACGAGAAAUGCUUGUGGAGAUCGUAUUGAAACGCAGGAGACGUUCAUUACAGUUGAGCACACGAAUGCGUGUCUCGUUUAAUCACACAGUAAAAGUUAUAACAAAAAAAGAUGGCGCUGUCCUGUAAACCAACAAGCAUGGGGCUCCACGUCAUCGUAAACACAGAUUAAUUAAAGGGACCACGAUCCCUUUUUACAGUCGUACAUUCAAGCAUAAACCAACGGUCAUAUUUACAGGCAUGAAACAACAGUGUGUAGAACCACACUUAAGAAGGAGGUGAAUUAUGUAUAUUACAUUCACUACACGGUGCUUAUUAAGCAAGUUAAAACUUUAAUAAAGUGCUUUGUUUUUAAUGUUUAGCGCUAUAUUCAUCAAAAGGAAAAUAUGAACAUUGCUUUUUUACUGAAAUUAUCAAAUAAAGUCCACAUCUCUCAGUG